AUGGAGUCCAAGUCAAGCCCUAUCUCCACUGAAGAGUCCCCGUCCCCCACAACUGGGGAAGUUCUGCACGCUUCAUCCAAGUGGGGAUACUGGAAGCACUAUCUUACUAGCAGGGAUGGCUGGAUUGGUGACUAUGACUACAUGUACCUGGUUACCCCCAAUAUCUACCCCCUCAACAAGCGCUACCAAGGUGUCGAACCGCCUUUCUAUGGCCUCAACGAUGAGGUCCCCAUUUUACUAACUAUAAUCCUCGGUCUCCAACAUGCCUUGACCAUGAUCGGCUCCGUGGUCUCUCCUCCUUUGGCCCUCGCAAGCGGCGCCUUCUACCUAAACUCUGAACAGUCGCAGUAUCUCGUCUCUGCGGCAUUUAUCACCACCGGCAUUGCCACAGCUCUGCAGGUAACAAGGGUGCACCUGUUCAAAACACCAUUAUGGAUUGGUACAGGACUGCUCUCUGUGGUCGGACCAACGUUCGAUGUCAUCGCUGUUGCCAUGAACUACGCCGACACCAGAUACAACAACGGCUCGUGUCCGACUGACGAGAAUGGCUCUCGUCUCCCCUGCCCUGAAGCAUGGGGCGCAGUCCUGGGUACCUGCCUAUGUACGGUCUGGAUCCAGAUUCUCAUGUCACUGGUGCCGCCAAAGGUGCUAAAUCGCAUCUUUCCCAAAGUAGUCACAGGAAGCCUUCUGCUCUUGGUUGGCGUAUACCUUAUCUCGAGUGGCAUGGAGAACUGGGGAGGGAGUUCAAACUGUGAUGGUGGGACAGGAUAUUAUGCCCUUUGUCCUAAUGUGGAUGCUCCGAGACCACUGCCAUGGGGCGACCCCAAACUGAUCGGCCUCGGCUUCAGCGUUUUCGCGACCAUCAUCUUCGUCGAAUUCGUCGGCUCCCCACUAAUGAAAUCCGCCUCAGUCAUCCUAGGAUUAGCAGUGGGAUGCGCCAUCUCCGGGGCAACAGGCUACUGGUCUCGCGACGAGAUUGACGCUGCGCCAGUGGGUACCUUUCUAUGGGUGCAUACCUUCCCACUGUCUGUUGACGGGGCACUCGUUCUCCCGCUGCUUAUCAUGUUCGUCUGCGAGGCUGUCAGCUGCAUGCCGGAUAUUCUGGCCACAGCGGAGAUUUCCCGUGUCGAUAUCGAGGGACGGGAGUUCCACAGCCGUAUCCAGGGUGGGAUCUUAUGUGAUGGACUGGGGAGUCUGAUUAGUGCGCUGGGCACUGGGCUGCCGAUGGUUAGUCAGGCGGGCAAUAAUGGGGUUAUUUCCUUGACUGGGUGUGCUAGUCGACGAGCGGGAUGGUGCGCUUCCGCAUUCCUCCUACUAAUGGGCAUUUUUGGCAAAUUCGGCGCUGUCUUUGGAUCCAUGCCCCCUUCUGUCCUCGGAGGAAUGCAGGUAUUCCUGUACAGCACGAUUGUGGUGGCUGGUGUGCGCGUCCUCGGCUUGGUGGAAUUCACUCGACGCAAUAGAUUCAUUCUUACUGCGUCGCUGGGAAUCGGCAUGAUGGAUAUUGUCUCCCCCAGCUGGUUCAGUUCCGUGUUGGCGUAUAGCGGGCCAAAUGUGCAUUUGCAGGGGUUUGAGCAGGGGAUCAAUCUAAUUGUUGAGACGCCGUUUAUCAUUGCCGCAGUGGUGGGUGUGGUGCUGAAUCUGGUGUUGAAGGAGGAUGAGAAGGUUGAUACGGUGCUGCCAUAG